AUGUCCGACUCUCAGCCCCCCGCCGACUUUGAAGAGCAUUUCGCCCGCGAGAUCAUCCAUAAAGAUUACACCUUUCUCGGUGAGAACUUCAUGGUCUCCCCCAAAACCCUCUCCCUCCCCGCUAGCCCCCCAUUCGCCCCGAUCGAUCUUCUCAACACGGGAGAUCCCGAUAGCACAGGGGACAACGCUCCCCAAGCAGGCCUCCUCUCCCUUCUACCCCCCGAACUCCUCCAACCCAUCCUUACUACCCUUGAUCUCGCAUCCCUCUCCAAUCUGGCCCAAACUUGCCGCCGCGCAGCCUACAUCAUCCGCACCCUCCCUGCGCUGGCCACCCUCCGCCGACAUGCCCCCCACGUACUGGCUUAUUACCAUCGCUCCUGGCGCACUGCGCAUUCACCGGUGGUGAGGGAGUUGCAUGCGAUGUUGUAUGCUACAAGGUGUGUGCGUUGUCCCCGGUUCGGAGCGUACAUUUUCCUACCGCUGGCAGCGAGGGUGUGCUGGGCGUGUGCUUCUACUGCGCCGGAGGUGAGGAUGCUCAAGAGGGAGGAGGCCCAAAGAAUAUUUGAUCUCGGGGAUGGGAUAAAAAUGGUGAAUAGAUAUUGCGCUUUGAGGGGGAAGUAUGGUGAGGGGGAGGAUGUGGUUGAGAUUCAGGAUGGGGGGUGUGAAAUGGUAAUUGGUGUGGAGGCGUUCAUCGCUAUGUACAGGCUUCAUGGGGGGGAGAGGUUUUAUUCGCGAUAUGAGGAACUGAGGAAAGAGGCGAAGGAGAAGGGAGAUGAAAGGACGAAACAGGUGCUGGAUUUCUUUUACUCGGGAUGGGAAGAGGAGGAGACGGAUAUCUUAAUGGAAUGGGAUUGGGAGGAGGACGGGCCGAUGGUAGAUUUGGAUGGGGGGCAGCCGAAGGUGUGGAAGAGGGCGAAAGAGUUGGGGAUGGCGGAGGAUAGGAUGCAGCUAGUGAUGUUCGCACCAUUUCCGGCGUUGAAGGAGAAGAUGGAGGCGCAGGAGAUGCUGUGGUGUUAUGCAUGUGAGUGGAAGAGGAAGCAGAAGCCUGAGUCGGCGGUGUACAAACAGCUUGCUAGAAGGGCUUGGUUGAGGGAGGAAUUUUUUAAGUGGCAUUUGAAGACUUGUGAUGUGGUAGAGGAUAUUCGGAAAAGGAUGCUGGAGGGGACGUGGAAAGGACGGGAGAGAGAGGAAGCUGAGAUUGAAGAGGCGAGGAGGGUGAUUGGGGAUAGCGAAAGUGGGACGAUAGGCUUCCCCUGA